AUGAGCGCGCAUCUGUCUUCUGUCAAAAGUGACAGCUGUGUCCCCUGCCUCCCAUGUGAACGCGCAACGUACCAUUAGCCUACUCCACAAUGAGCUUCAUCAGCCGAGCCGCACGCUGCCUCUGAGGUGUCGGGCGUCUUUGGUUGUUCUUCUAUUUUUGUUUCAGAAUAUGUUACGACUGAUUUCAGUGAGUACGUCAGUGCGUUAUCAUUUCAUCUGACGGCGCGAGAGUUUCGAGUCUCAAAACCGCAAGACUUUUGCGUCCAUUCAAACGCUCUUUCUUUUCAUUUGCAUUUCAACUCGGCGACUUUUCACUUUCUUGAGGAUCCUACUAGCGUUCUCGUGUCAUUUUUUGUUUAAAUCUUGGUCUAUAAAACACUUGUUUCCUUCACAAUGCGUUCGACUUUUAGAUUGUGUUCGUUUGUCUUGCUCGCCGGUCCUUGAAUAAGAGAGAAACCCGGAAUAAGAGGGCUCUUGAACCUGUCCACGCGUGAAAAUGCCUGUACGCCGGGGACACGUCGCGCUCCAGAACACCUAUCUGGACACCAUCAUCAGGAAAUUCGACGGACAAAAUCGUAAAUUCCUGAUUGCCAACGCCCAGAUGAAGAACUGUGGGAUCAUCUACUGCAAUGAGGGCUUCUGCCAGAUGUUUGGUUUCUCACGGGCGGAGAUCAUGCAGCAGUCCUGCAUGUGUCAGUUCCUGGUGGGGCCAGGCACUAUGAAGGGCGCCAUGGCACAGCUGGCACAGGCCCUUCUCGGGUCAGAGGAGCGCAAGGUGGAGAUCCUGUACUACUCUAAGGAAGGGACAUGUAGGCCAUGUUUGGUUGAUGUUGUUCCAGUAAAGAAUGAGGAAGGAGUCGUAAUCAUGUUCAUCCUAAACUUCCAGGAGCUUUUAGACCCGUCCACGAGAAAAGGUGGCAUCAAACAGCGAAUGACACACAGCUGGCUACAGGCAGGUCAGAAACGUAAGACGAGGCUGCGAAUGCCCUCUCUCCGUGUCAAGCGGCAGCCGUCCCUCCCUAAGGACCACUUUGAGGGAGUAGUGGUGGACUACCUACAGCCCUCUCAUGAGGAGGUGGCUUUGAAAGACCUCCAGAUGUCUCCAGACAGCUGCUUGAAGUCAGAGACCCAGGCCCUGAUUCAGCAGACCCCCUCCAUGUGCAGCUUCUCAUCCCCACUCACUCGGCCCUCAGACCGGCUAGAGCCCAGCGGACCCCCUCUCAAACACAGCCACUCCAGAGAGAGCGUGCACACCCUGCGCCGGGCCUCCUCGCUGCACGACAUCGACGGCAUGAGGGACCAGUGGAGCGAUCUGAAGCCCAGUAACUUGAACUCCACCUCAGACUCUGAUUUGAUGCGGCACCGUAUCCCUCAGGUAACGAUAUCCUUCGGCUCAGACCGGCUCAGACCACCUUCCCCCACAGAGAUCGAGAUCAUAGCGCCCAGCAAGAUUAAAGACCGCACACAGAACGUCUCGGAAAAGGUCACUCAAGUCACGCAGGUACUGUCACUCGGAGCAGAUGUGCUUCCGGAGUACAAGCUUCAAGCUCCACGCAUCCACAAGUGGACCAUCCUCCACUACAGCCCGUUCAAGGCAGUAUGGGACUGGAUCAUCCUGCUCCUGGUGCUCUACACGGCCGUCUUCACGCCCUACUCGGCCGCCUUCCUCCUCAACGAGCAGGAGGACGAGAGGAGGCGCACCUGCGGCUACACCUGCAACCCCCUCAAUGUGGUGGACCUGGUGGUGGAUGUCAUGUUCAUAAUCGACAUCCUCAUCAAUUUCAGGACCACUUAUGUCAACCACAACGACGAGGUGGUCAGCAAUCCCACUCGCAUCGCUCAGCACUACUUCAAGGGCUGGUUCCUCAUAGACAUAGUGGCUGCCAUUCCCUUCGAUCUGCUCAUUUUCAGAUCAGGUUCAGACGAGCCUCAAACCACGACUCUGAUUGGUCUCCUGAAGACUGCGCGGCUGCUGCGAUUGGUGCGAGUAGCGAGGAAACUGGACCGUUACUCUGAGUACGGCGCGGCAGUGCUCUUCCUCCUCAUGUGCACCUUUGCCCUCAUCGCUCACUGGCUGGCAUGCAUCUGGUACGCCAUUGGCAACGUGGAGCGCACCAGCUCUGCCCGUAUUGGAGGCAUGAAGAUCGGCUGGCUGGACAACCUGGCUGACCAGAUUGGCAAACGUUACAAUGACAGCAACUCUUUCUCCGGCCCCUCUAUCAAGGAUAAAUAUGUAACUGCACUGUACUUCACCUUCAGUAGUUUGACCAGCGUGGGAUUCGGAAACGUCUCUCCCAACACCAACCCUGAGAAGAUUUUUUCCAUUUGUGUCAUGCUCAUUGGCUCCCUGAUGUAUGCCAGUAUCUUUGGCAAUGUGUCCGCUAUAAUUCAGAGGUUGUACUCCGGCACAGCUCGCUAUCACACUCAGAUGCUGCGUGUGAAAGAGUUCAUCCGCUUCCAUCAGAUCCCAGGAGGACUUCGACAAAGACUCGAAGAGUACUUCCAGCACGCCUGGUCCUACACUAACGGCAUUGACAUGAACGCUGUGUUGAAGGGUUUUCCGGAGUGUCUGCAGGCGGACAUCUGUCUGCAUCUGAACCGCAGUCUGCUGCAGAACUGUAAGGCGUUCCGGGGGGCGAGCAAGGGCUGUCUGCGGGCUCUGGCCAUGCGUUUUAAGACCACUCAUGCCCCACCCGGAGACACUCUGGUGCACAGUGGAGACGUAUUAACUGCACUGUACUUCAUCUCCCGCGGCUCCAUAGAGAUCCUCAGAGAGGAUGUGGUCGUGGCCAUUUUAGGUAAGAAUGAUAUUUUUGGGGAGCACAUCAGUCUUUAUGCCAGGCCGGGGAAAUCCAGUGCGGACGUGAGGGCUCUGACGUACUGUGACCUGCACAAGAUCCUCAGAGACGACCUGCUGGAAGUGUUGGACAUGUACCCCGAUUUCUCCGACAGCUUCUGGAGUAACCUAGAGAUCACAUUCAACCUUCGAGAUGCAGACAGAAUCAUGCAUGCAACCCCAAGCGAGGACUCAGACUGUGGGUACCGUCGACCCAGACAUCGGAGGAGGAACCCCUUACAGCGAAAUCGACCUGAUGGGAUGGACCGAGAUGGGAUAGACACAUACCCAGUCCAGUCCUGUUCGCCUGUGGGCAACCAUCGGGGGGCAAUACCGCUCUCUCACUGGGAUGAGUUAUGCAGCAAUAUCAGUGCUGCUUCCUUGUCCAGUGAAGAGGACAUGAAGCCCCUGGUAUCUGGCCGAGGAGAAAUGUACUCGUCAGGGACAGAGAUGCAAGAAUACUCCCCUUCUGGAGUCAGCCUCAUGCCCCCCGAGAACAGCACAGCUUCUGCCAUGGGAGGACCACUGGAAGGGACACAUCCGUACACAGCGGCUCCUCUGAGCGUGUCAGGGUUAUACGGCUAUUUGCCGGACCGCAGGGCCAGUCAGUACUCAGAGAGUCAGAGACGUUCCUCUGCAGCGCAGGCCUGCUACCAGCAGCACAGCCCCUGUGUUGAGGACAGACCGAGUCAGCUGCAGGCGCGUCUGGAGCUGCUGCAGUCACAACUCAACAGACUGGAGACCAGGAUGACGGCUGAUAUUAAUGUGAUCCUGCAGUUGCUGCAAAGGCAGAUGGCACCUGUGCCCCCUGCCUACAGCGCGGUUUCUCCUGAACUGCUGGGACACCCCGCUCAUCCCACCAGCCUGUACACCUCAGCAACGCACAACACUAUGCCAUCUUUACAGAUCAAUGACCGUUCAUCACCUGGAAAGAGCCCAGACUUGGACAGCUUCAAAGAGAAGUCUCCAGACUCUUUGUCCAGUGGCAUCCAUCUAACAGUGGCCUCCAAUGACACCAUGUCCAUGUCCCCAGAGACAGAGCUGGCCGUGCCCACAGGACUCAAUCCCCCCGGAGAGCCUCAUCUACAGCCCCCCGGCCUGCUGUGUAGAAGCCUGCGCUUCCCUUCGCUCCCGGACAGUCUGGAGAGUCCGAGCACGCUGGAGGGAUCAGCAGAAAUCCAGAGGCACGUGUCUGAUCCAGUCUUACCUGGAAGCUAGAGGUCAAAAACAGACCGUCCCGAGACGCAUAUGGGCUUUCCCUCUUCAAACAGCUCAAUCUUACACUUUUGCAAUAAAAUGUAUUCAUGUUACUUAGUUAAAAGGGCGUCCGGUAGAGAAAGCGGUGACUGUAGAUUUCUCUGAAUCUCUUGAGGUGUUUUGUCUCAUAUCCCUUCUCAUUCAGAGCAGGAUUUGUUCCUCUGAUGCCAGAGUAUUUGGUAACACCCCUCCGCUUUUGUGUUACUGAAUAUGAAGAGAAGCACAGUGGGCAAUAAAGACAAAGUCAAAGAGAAGAUGCUACAUUAUGAUCACCUGCCACAAUCAUGAAAUAACUGUGCAUUUCUUGUCCGUCUGUUUUGAGAUUUGUCAUUACAUACUAAACCUCAUCUUGUCUUCUUACGUCCGCUGGGAUUCGGAGGUUGGAUCCUCUGAGGAAAUGACACACAUACCUGUGCUUUCACUUUUCAGUGUAUAGAUUUUCUAAUUAUAUACUAUUAUAAAUAUAUAUAUUUUUGUGCCAGGUUAGGUGUUUGUCCCAAACCUAAUGUAUUAGCCUAUUACAUCAAAUGACCUUAAGACUGGCACAAAUAUGAAGCUUUGUAUAUUUGGAUUCAUAGCUAGCAAAUGGGCAUGAAUUCAGGUUUCUGAAAUGAUAUUUCUCACUCAAGCGGUUAUUUUAACUGCUGAUGGGUGGUGUGUGACUGUGUGCCUGAUCUUUUGGAAAUAUGUUUAAUGAAUUUUAAAAAAGAGAAGACAUUCUGAUUGGAGAAAUGUUUGCGGUGAAAUCGGUGUAAAGUUUGUUUUACCUCUGCAACGUGAGCAGAUGAAUGUAUGUAAAAUGAUUGGAUAACUUUAUUGGACUGUGAAGGUUUCCAAAAGCACACAGUUAUUAUUAAUAUUUUUUAGAUUAAAUCUUAUUUAUAAAGGAGCACUAAUGUUGCACUGGGUUAAAGAUAUCAAUAUUCUUGGUCUCUUUUUCAUCAUUUUUUACUUUUAGGGAUCCACUGAUA